UCGAACUGAAUUGUGUGAGCUCCCCUGAAUGGAGUAGAGUGGCUCAUUGAGGCUUACUUCAUGGCUAAUUUUACGCUUUACCACGACAUGGAAGAAAACAACGACACAUUAUUUCAGAAUGACAGUGGUUUAGAUCCCCAACUCGACAAUGUGACUUUACCUGUGAAAGUUUCACUGAGUUAUCAGAUAUCCACGUCUUUGAUGAUCGGCGCGCUCAUUCUAUUUUCCGUGUUUGGAAACGCGUGUGUUGUGGCGGCUAUAGCUUUGGAGAGAUCGCUCCAGAAUGUGGCAAACUACCUGAUCGGAUCACUCGCCGUGACGGACCUCAUGGUGUCGGUUCUUGUGUUGCCAAUGGCGGCUCUUUACCAAGUUUUAGACAAGUGGACACUCGGACAGGUAACUUGUGAUAUGUUUAUUUCUUUAGAUAUUUUAUGUUGCACAUCUUCCAUUCUGCACCUGUGCGCUAUAGCGUUGGACAGAUACUGGGCUAUCACUAACCCAAUAGACUACAUGACGAAAAGGACAUUAAAACGCGCCGCUCUUUUGAUUACCGUUACCUGGCUGGUCGGCUUUUCGAUAUCAAUCCCCCCCAUGCUGAUCAUGAAAUCGCAGCCCAAGAGUAAGGCUGAAGACAUGGCCAAUCCCGAAGCUUGUAUGAUCAGCCACGACCCUUGGUACACUAUUUAUUCCACCUUUUGCGCAUUUUACAUACCUCUCAUUCUCAUGUUAAUCUUAUAUGGACGCAUAUUCAAGGCGGCAAGAUUUCGCAUUCGCAAAACUGUUCGCAAAACGGAGAAAAGGAAGGUGAAAUGUUUGACCGUGUCACCUGGUCUUCUUAAGAGAGCAAACGGAGAGCUGGGCAAAAACUGGAAAAGCGCAGUGGAACCCAAGCCCGCCACCUGCGUAAACGGCGCGAUUAAGCACGCGGAGGACGGCGAGUCUCUGGAGAUCAUCGAGGUUCACAAUAAUUCCAAAAACAACCUUCCUUUGCCCAACAGGCCAAGCUCUGUGCCUCUCUUCGAGAACAAACAUGAGAAGAACACCGAGGCGAAAAGGAAGCUCGCCUUGGCACGGGAGCGCAAGACAGUGAAGACUCUGGGUAUAAUUAUGGGCACUUUCAUUUUGUGUUGGUUGCCAUUCUUCAUCAAAGCACUGGUGAUGCCUUUUUGUCCGUCUUGUUAUAUGCCUUUAUGGCUCAUAGAUGUUAUUAACUGGCUUGGCUAUUCAAACUCUCUUCUGAAUCCCAUAAUUUACGCAUACUUCAACAAAGACUUCCAGAGCGCGUUCAAGAAAAUCAUUAAAUGCCAUUUUUGCAGACCAUAAACAUAAAUGAUUGUUUUCAGUUUUAACUGUCAAAAACGUGUUUAACCAGCAUUAAUUGCUCGUAAAAAAUACAGUGGUAUUCUGAAAUUCUUUGAAUGCACUGAAAACUUCAUCUGUAGUACCAUUAUAAAUAUAAAGGAUUUACACUGAUUCAUUUAUCUCUUUUAUCAGAUGUACAUGAUUAUAAUAUGCUCAUAUCAGGUUUACAUAAUAUGUACAGAAAACAUAUUUAUCUCAUGUCCAUGUUAAAGAUGUCCAUGAUGUCUAAUAAAAUGC